GUUUCUCUCCUGCAGUCAAUUGGGGAAGCUGUAUUUGUGGAUGUCACCUAUCUUUACAGGCAAAAGUUUGUGUUCACACUAGAUCUGCUCUGCUUCACGGACCUGAUUCGGUUUUUUUCUUAACAAAUUCUCUGCACCUGAAACUCUAGUUCUACCGAUCUUUAGAUAGGAGGCAGUCGGAAAAAGAGGAGACAUCCUUCUGUAUUUUGUCUCCAUGGGAGCUUGCUGGAGCGCUCGAAUCGCUGAGAGUCCGCUCCACACAGGGGUGAACUCCAAAUAUGGUAGCAAAGAAGGAGGUGAUCUGAGUGGUGCAAGUAGCAAAGUUUCUUCUGUUUCCGUGCCUCCAACCCCUCGGAGUGAAGGUGAGAUUUUGCAGUCUUCCAAAGUAAAGAGCUUUACCUUUAGUGAUCUCAAAAUGGCCACUAGAAACUUUCGACCUGAUAGCGUCUUGGGAGAAGGCGGCUUUGGUUCGGUCUUUAAGGGGUGGAUAGAUGAACAUUCAUUCACGGCUACCAAGCCUGGUACCGGCGUGGUUAUCGCUGUCAAAAGGCUCAACCAAGAAGGUUUCCAGGGCCACAGAGAAUGGUUGGCAGAAGUUAAUUAUUUGGGGCAACUCUAUCAUCCUAACCUUGUAAAAUUGAUUGGCUACUGCUUAGAAGAUGAACACCGACUGUUAGUAUACGAAUUUAUGCCUCGGGGAAGUUUGGAGAAUCAUCUGUUCAGGAGGGGUUCUUACUUCCAACCACUUUCUUGGAACCUCCGCAUGAAAGUUGCUCUUGGUGCUGCAAAGGGGCUUGAAUUUCUUCAUAGUGCCGAAGCAAAAGUCAUAUACCGGGAUUUCAAGACUUCCAAUGUUCUUUUAGAUUCGAACUACAAUGCAAAGCUUUCUGAUUUUGGUUUAGCGAAGGAUGGUCCAACUGGUGAUAAGAGCCAUGUGUCCACUAGGGUCAUGGGGACGUAUGGAUAUGCAGCUCCAGAGUACCUGGCUACAGGUCAUCUAACUGCUAAGAGCGACGUAUACAGCUUUGGAGUUGUUCUCCUGGAAAUGUUAUCUGGCCGACGAGCUAUAGAUAAAAACCGGCCAUCUGGAGAGCACAACCUUGUUGAAUGGGGCAAGCCUUAUCUGACAAAUAAACGUAAAUUUUUCCGUGUUCUAGACACACGUCUGGAAGGCCAGUACUCAUUGAGUGGAGCCCUGAAAGCAGCAACCCUCGCUCUCCAAUGCUUGUCCACAGACCCCAAGUUAAGGCCAGACAUGGAUCAGGUGGUAGCAGCAUUGGAGCAGCUUCAAGACUCCAAAGAUGUAAGUGCUGAGAAUGGGAACCACCCAAACCAUCAGAGCCGCCCCACAGGUGGUCCCAAGUCGCGUUCAAGAAGAAGUGCAAAUGAAGCUUCUAAUGGGAAGGCUUCUUAUCCCAGGCCAUCUGCUUCACCCCUCUACGCUUGAGAGCAAAGGCAGGAACUCGAUUCACCUGUAAUCCUUCCUAGUGAGAGAAGUUCACCUCAGAUGGUUUGGGAGUGGAAGACCACCAUGGUCCCAAGUACUGCACAAUGUAAUGUACCUGUAUCUGUUCGAUUAAUGUACAGUUCUUUUUGGGCUAAUAUAUUUGAAGUCAGCGAUAGGUAAAAUAGUGGUUGUGUCUGGAAUAUGAAGAACAUGAGCAAAUUAGGAGCUGA